CCGCCACCAGAGAUUUGAAGAAAGGAAAAAGAAGCCUGGCAUCGGGACUCACAGGGACAGAGGUGAGUGGCUUCUGAGAGGUCCCGGGCCUCUUCACAAAGCAGACCCAACUGGCCACUAACAGAGCUCUGAGUGCCUGGGACCCAAGGAAAGACAGAUCUUCUUUGGCAUCAGUGGCUGGUCUCCAUUCCAAUGUGCCACCCCUUUCGAGGUCCAGAUGAUGCAGUAGUGUUUCUCAAUCCUUUCCUUGACCUGUGUUAGCCCCAACAUAUCCCAGGGGGCUUCAUGCUGGAGAGUAGGGGGCGGGGAGAAUCCACACACACGGUAAAGCCUCCUCUAGUUUCUGCGGAGAAACAGCAGGGCUGCCAAGUGCAAAGGCUCUGGACUUGGAUACUUCCAGUCCUGGCUUUGCCACAGACCAGCUGUUUGGGCUCUCCAUCUCCUGGGCCGUUAAUGGGGGAUAAUAAUAGUACCGCCCUCGUAUGGUGGUUGUGGGCACCCUGUGAGGUCAUGUGUAGCACGGGGGAAGCUCUCCUUAAAAGGCCGCCGUUACAGUCCUCUCCACCACUUGGGAACUCUCUGGCGGCGGCGGUGGAGGCGGCGGCUGCAGCGUCAGCGACCAAGUGGAUUCAUUUCACCACCACCCCCCACCCCGAUCUAGGAGGGCCCCAUAGAUGCUCAUGACAAGAAGAGGGAAUGGCCGGUUUGGGGGAGGAGGUCGAGAGAGGGGCAGCAGUAGGGAAAGUGUCAGCUCGCCUCCUUCAAGCCUGGGGUAAAGGGAGCGGAGAACCGUCCCCAGAUUCUAACGGGGACGGGACGGCAGACUCCCUGGUCCCCACCUGUCUUGGGUCUGGAGGGGUUGGGGAGUCCGAAGUCGUGGACUGCAGGCUCAGCUCACUCUGGAGGACGCUGGGCAGGCAGGUCUCUUUCAGCCUCGGGCCUCAGUUCCCUCGCGCGCGUCAGGUGGGUCUCGCAGCCGUCCCCUCGGUUUCAGGCGCUCGCAGCCGGAUGCCGGUUCCGGGCCUUGGGGAACGUGGCUAAGCAGCAGGCGCCGCCGGACGGGUGGGGCUGGAGAGAGGGCUGGCGGGCGAGGGUGAUUGGCUGGAGGCGGGGUAGCCGGCCUCGAGGAUUGGCCGAGAGGGGCGGGGCCGAACCUUUAAGAGGCACGCAGGGGGUGUGCAGGGAGUGUGUGUGUGCCUGCCCUGCCUGCCGGUUCCUCUUAGUGCGCGUCGACCGUGGCCGCGGCUGCUACGACCGGAGCCCAGAGGCCACGGAGGCCGUUAGCGCAGACGAGCAUCCCGGGAUCCCCGUCCCAGGCGGCGUGGCCCGCGGGACAUGGCCAAAGGAGAAGGUGCCGAGAGCGGCUCCGCGGCGGGGCUGUUGCCCACCGGCAUCAUCCAAGCCAGUGAGCGCCCCGCGCAGGUGAAGGAACCAAAGAAGAAACAGCAGUUGUCCGUUUGCAACAAGCUCUGCUAUGCAGUUGGAGGCGCCCCUUACCAGGUGACAGGCUGUGCCCUGGGCUUCUUCCUACAGAUAUACCUGCUGGAUGUGGCUCAGGUGGACCCUUUCUCUGCCUCCAUCAUCUUGUUCGUGGGCCGAGCCUGGGAUGCCUUCACGGACCCUCUGGUGGGCUUCUGCAUUAGCAAAUCCUCCUGGACCCGCCUGGGCCGCCUCAUGCCCUGGAUCAUCUUCUCCACGCCCUUGGCCAUCAUUGCCUACUUCCUCAUCUGGUUCGUGCCCGACUUCCCACAGGGCCAGACCCUUUGGUACCUGCUUUUCUAUUGCCUCUUUGAGACACUGGUCACGUGUUUCCACGUCCCCUACUCGGCUCUCACCAUGUUCAUCAGCGUAGAGCAGAGCGAGCGGGAUUCAGCCACCGCCUACCGGAUGACAGUGGAGGUGCUGGGCACAGUGCUGGGCACAGCAAUCCAGGGGCAAAUUGUGGGCAAAGUGAAUUCGCCUUGUCUCCAGGAGCCCAAUGGCUCUGCAGUGGCCUUGGAAAGUGCCAACUGGACGCACAGCACCACCUCGCUCAGAGAAACGCAAAAUGCGUACCUGCUGGCAGCAGGGGUCAUCGCCUCCAUCUAUGUCAUCUGUGCUGUCAUCCUGAUCCUGGGCGUGCGGGAGCAGCGAGAACCCUGUGAGGCCCAGCAGACUGAGCCCAUGUCCUUCUUCCGGGGCCUCCGGCUGGUCAUGAGCCAUGGCCCGUAUGUCAAGCUUAUCGCUGGCUUCCUCUUCACCUCCCUGGCUUUCAUGCUGGUGGAGGGGAACUUUGCUCUGUUUUGCACAUACUCCUUAGGCUUCCGCAAUGAAUUCCAGAACCUACUCCUGGCCAUCAUGCUCUCGGCCACCUUCACCAUUCCCAUCUGGCAGUGGUUCCUGACCCGGUUUGGCAAGAAGACGGCCGUAUAUGUGGGGAUCUCAUCAGCAGUGCCAUUUCUCAUCUUGGUGGCCGUCAGGGAGAGUAACCUAAUCGUCACAUAUGUGGUGGCCGUGGCAGCUGGCGUCAGUGUGGCAGCUGCCUUCUUACUACCUUGGUCCAUGCUGCCUGACGUUAUUGAUGACUUCCACCUGAAGCAGCCCCGCUCCCAGGGCACCGAGCCCAUCUUCUUCUCCUUCUACGUCUUCUUCACUAAGUUCGCCUCCGGCGUGUCGCUGGGUAUCUCCACCCUAAGCCUCGACUUUGCUGGGUACCAGACACGCGGCUGCUCCCAGCCGAGGCGCGUCAAGUUUACGCUGAACAUGCUGGUGACCAUGACGCCCAUAGCCCUCAUCCUGGUGGGCCUGCUGCUCUUCAAGCUCUACCCCAUCGACGAGGACAGGCGGCGGCAGAACAAGAAGGCGCUGCAGGCUCUGAGGGACGAAGCCAGCAGCUCCGGCUGCUCUGACACAGACUCCACAGAGCUGGCCAGCAUCCUCUAGGGCCUCUUGGGCUGCCCAAAGCCACCACGCAGAGGGCCUGGGUCCCCAGGCCACACAAGGGACCAGUACCUGUUUGUACACUCGCUGAGCAGCUGGCCUGCAGGUGCCCGAAGGGAACAGAAGACUCCAGAGCGAGCGACCCAGGACACCGCCGGUGCUCCCUGAAGGGCCAUCGCUGGCUCCCCUCCGCCUGCCCUCGGGACCAAGCCCUGGGGCUGCUACUGUGAAUAUGCCAAGGACUGCUGGGACCUAGCCCAGAACACUAACGCAGACACGUUUUAUACAGAGACUAAUUAAUAACUUAAUGACUGUGUACAUAGCGAUGUGUGUGUAUGUAUAUGUCUGAGCUAUUAAUGUUAUUAAUUUUCAUAAAGGCUGGAAACGGAA